AUGAUAUAUGAACUGAACAUACCGACAACAAUGACGUUUGAAAGAUAUUCCAGAACAAUGCAAGAACGGAUAGAAGAUGAUAUUCUUUCGGAAAACUCCCAUCUAGAUGACCUCUACACAAGAUAUCGGCAACGACUUCGAAGAUCGCUGUUUAUCACCGGCCUGGGAAUUUCGAUACUCUCCUGCAUUACGUCUAUCGUACUCUGUGCCGUUCAUGAUGCGAUUCUGGCCGAUCUAGCUCUACUGGCUGGUGCAUCCGUAGUGCUAUGUGGAAUACUGGUGGCUUUGCAAUUCCCAGCAGUGAUGAACUCGCCCCUGGCUGCACUUUCCUUCGCAAUUCUAACCACUGGAACGAUUGGCGCCAUUUCCACGUUUGUGGGCACUCAGCUCGCUCCAUUGCCACUGUUUGCCCUGAUACUGGGUGUCCACACGAUGCUACCAAUUUCUUGGCCGGUAUCAGUGGUGCUUGCCGUGCUACUCUGCAUCGUCCACAUUGGGUAUCGCAUCCUAUCGCAAGUCCACGACUUUCCACCGACGUUCUUCCCUCAGUUGCUCGCGGAAACUGUGUUCCUAGCUUCGGCUUCGGUUUCCAGUCUCUACUACCGUAUCAUGUCCGAUGCGGCCCAUAUCGACGCAGUGGACGGUACGAGGACAGGGAUUGAGCAAAGGGUGAAGUUGGAAUGUGAACGAGAACAACAAGAGCAACUCCUGCUGAGUGUCAUACCGGCCUACAUUGCGGCGGAGGUGAAGCGUAGCAUAAUGCUGAAGAUGGCCGACGCCUGCCAGCGUGCCGGCGGCCAGACCCAGACCAGAUUCCACGAAAUGCACGUGCAGCGACACAACAACGUGUCCAUUUUGUAUGCGGACAUCGUCAACUUUACGCCACUGUCCGAGCAGUUGACAGCAUCCGAUCUGGUUAAGACACUAAAUGAGUUAUUUGGACGAUUUGAUCAGAUCGCACAAGAAAAUCAAUGCCUGAGGAUAAAGAUUCUUGGCGAUUGCUACUAUUGCGUGUCUGGAUUGCCGGUUUCUAGACCACAUCAUGCAGCUAACUGUGUCAAUAUGGGACUACAAAUGAUAGAAGCAAUUCGAUUCGUGCGAGAGGCAACCGGCUUCAAUGUGGACAUGCGAAUUGGUAUACACACCGGCAACGUGUUGUGCGGUGUACUGGGAUUGCGGAAGUGGCAGUUCGACGUUUGGAGCGAUGACGUGACCCUGGCCAACCAUAUGGAAAGUGGCGGUGUUGCAGGCCGGGUACACAUCACAAAGGCAACGCUGGAUUAUCUAGGCGACAUGUUCGAGGUGGAACCGGGUGGGGGUGCCUCUAGAGAGUCCUACUUGGCGGAUCAUAAAAUUGAAACAUAUCUUAUCGUGCCACCGAAGAAACCUGCAACCGAUUUGGGUAAGCCAACAACUACCGACUCACACACACCCACCUCGAACCUGGGCACACCCUCCCCUACGGCGAUGGUGCAAAUCAACGAGCCCGAGCAAGAGCACCUGCUUCCGGUCUUGGAGCCUCCGAAAACACCGAAAACUCCACGGGCCCCCAAAACUCCGGAUGACAUGCGUCGCUCGCACACCUCCAUCUCGCCUAUUACUAUUCCAGAGGAACAGGAACAACUGCUGCCACCAUCUCCGGCCAAUAUUGCUUCCGGUGGGCACGGACUGGUUCCUCCGCCAUCGCCAAACUCCAAGCAAACCGUGCAAAUUAACCCGCCCACCAUUAACGAGGAGACGCUAGAUAACGACGGUGCUGCUGACGACGAGACAGGCGAAGCGGAUGAGGGAGAAUUAAGGAAGAAAUCUUGCCUGACGCUUCCCGUCGAACCAAUUACCACCAACGGACACCUUCCGGAGCGUGUCGGAAGUCGCAAGCUCUCCGUGCAAGGAUUGAUUGCUUUUGCCGAACGGCGAAAAUCGUCAAGUUCUAUUUUCGGUGACAUGCGCAAAAUGUCAAUUUCCAACAUUGAUUGUCUCCGGUCGCCCAUGGUAGCGACGCCGGGGGGACCUUUGGUACGCACACGCCCUUCAUCUAAGAUGACUAAGUAUGUCGAGUGCUGGGGGGCAGAUAAACCGUUCGCAAACAUCACUGACUCCAAGAUGGCAAAGAACAUUGGCUUGGCGAGUAUUGCGAUGAUCGAGUCUAAUCUGCUCCCUGAAGAUGGGUAUUGCGGUGAAUGCAAGUGCUGGGGUCCGCCGAAGGAACUGCAACCUGUUACUAUGUGGUAUAGAAAUACGGCCCGAGAAACCUUGUUUCGUGCACAACCCGAACCCACUUUUCGCUUUGAUCUCAUCUGCUCCUUCAUUCUUUUCCUGACCAUAGGACUGAUACAAAUAGUAGUAUUUAAAAGCAAUGUAGUCGUUAUUGGUUCACUCAGUGCAACAGCUGUAGCUUUAGGAUUGUUUUUAUACUUAAGCAACUACCAGAUGUCGAACAUUUCGCCUCCGGGUAACAACGGCCCAGGACAAGUCAUAGCUGCCAGCCGUGGUCUUCGUUUGGCCAUUUUCCUCAUUGCCACCGCUCUCAUUGCGAGCUGUGCCAUUUUCAGUGUGAUAAACUUUGACGAUUUAGUUAUAGCCGACAUACAUUUUGUGAACAACACCACCGAGGAUAUCAUGUACGACGACGAGUUUGCUCCUGUUGCUCCCGUCUACCUCUAUAUGUGCGCAAUCAGUCUCGCAGCUGUGUCCGCUUUUCUGAAAGCAGGUUUUCUUGUCAAGGGAUUACUGAUGGUAGUAUUUGUUGCUGUUCAAUCCUCGAUCUUAUGGACGAGCUCUCUCUUUGAGGCAUACGGCGUACUGGACAAUUCAUGGCCUUUAGGACUUCAAGGCUUACUUUACCUACUACUGAUAAGUGCCGUGUUGCACACACUCGAUCGCCAAGGUGAAUAUGUCGCUCGAACCGACUUUCUGUGGAAAGCGAAACUCAAAGUAGAACAGGAAGAGGUUGAAACUAUGCGCGGAAUCAAUAAGAUUUUAUUGGAAAACAUAUUGCCCGCACACGUCGCCCAACACUUUCUCAAGAAGGAACGUGCCGUGCAGGAGCUUUAUCACGAGAGUUACUCGUCUGUUGCGGUCAUGUUUGCCUCUAUACCCAACUACAAGGAGUUCUACGACGAAACGGAUGUGAACAAGCAAGGGCUGGAGUGCUUACGGUUACUGAACGAGAUUAUCUGCGACUUUGACAAGCUCCUGCUCAAGCCAAAGUUCAGCGGUAUCGAGAAGAUAAAAACCAUCGGAAGUACCUAUAUGAUUGCAUCCGGAUUGCGCCCCGGCAAAGAGGAGGGUGCCACGAAAAAUAAUGAGCUGGAUGAAAAGCGUACCGAGGAGCAUAACGUGGUAGUGCUGGUGGAGUUUGCCAUCGCUCUCAUGACGGCAUUAGAUCAAAUAAAUCGUGAAUCAUUCCAACGAUUCCGGCUGCGGAUCGGCCUCAACCAUGGUCCAGUGAUAGCCGGUGUCAUUGGAGCCCAAAAGCCGCAGUACGACAUCUGGAGCAACACGGUGAACGUGGCGUCCCGAAUGGAUUCGUGUGGGGUGAUGGGACGAGUGCAGGUGACCGAAAACACGGCUAAAGUGCUUAUGGCAGCAGGUUAUUCGUGUGAUUGUCGUGGACCGAUUCAUGUAAAAGGCAAAGGAAUUCUUACAACAUACUUUGUCAAAACACCAUUCGAUGAACGUAUUUAG